AAAUGAAAUGGUUGAUAGGAUAAUAAGUUUAUUAAAUAAGCAAGCAAUCUAUUUAGAUCUUAUUGAGGUCUUGUCUUUAUUACCUGAAUAUUGGUCAAUUGAAAUGUUUAAUGAGUUUUUAGUUAAAUCAAUAAGAAAAGAUUAUCAUGAAUAUAGGGAGGGACAGAUUUUAAAAUCCAUUUGCCAUGCCUAUCAAGAAAUUGGGCCAAUAGUCAUUACGCAAAAUGUAAAAUGUACAAUAUGUGAAGAUUAUAUCAGUGGAUCAGAUUUCUUACGUAAAACAAAUAGUGAUCUUGUUCAUUUAAAAUGUGAAAAUCCCAAUAAUGAAAAUGAUAAUAAUAAUAAUUUACAACAAAAAAAUGGCAAUGAAAAUAAUAAACCAGCAGAUCCAUUAAAUUCUUAA